CUUGUAUUCCCACUAAAGCAUCAGAAAUCAUUCUUCCUCUCAUGCCCAUGAAGACCCACCUCCUAAAAUUAUUACUAGCACUCCCUCUCUUCUUCUUCCUAGCCCAAGCUGGGUUUAACCCAAAAUGUGACAUCAAAGACCAAAGCUCAACCCUCAAAGUCUACCACAUAUACAGCCCAUGCUCACCAUUUAGGCCACAAAAGCCAGUUUCUUGGGGUGAGAGUGUGCUACAAAUGUUUGCCAAGGACCAAGCCAGGCUCCAGUACUUGUCUAGCUUGGUGGGUGCUAAGAAAUCUUCAGAGCCAAUUGCAUGGGGCAGGAACAUCAUUCAGAGCCCAACUUACAUUUUGAGGGUCAAUAUUGGUACCCCUGCUCAAACCAUGCUCAUGGCCUUGGAUACUAGCAAUGAUGCUGCUUGGGUUCCUUGUUCUGGCUGUAUUGGCUGCUCUUCAACUGUGUUUGACUCCGCUAAGUCCACCACUUUCAAGCCUCUUGGGUGCCAAACUGCCGAGUGCAAACAAGUGCCGAACCCCACUUGCGGAGGCAGCACGUGCACAUUCAACCUCACCUACGGCGGCUCCACCAUCGCAGCGAAUCUCUCACAGGACAAUAUCACACUCGCUACCGACCCCAUCCCCAACUUCACAUUGGGUUGCAUCCAGGCGGCAACUGGCACGUCGGUCCCACCACAGGGUCUACUGGGCCUGAGCCGAGGCCCAUUGUCGCUCUUGUCGCAAACCCAGAACCUGUACAAGUCCAUAUUCUCUUAUUGCCUGCCUAGCUUCAAGUCUCUCAACUUUUCUGGCUCGUUAAGGCUUGGGCCCGUUGGACAGCCCAUUAGGAUCAAGUAUACACCCCUGUUAAAGAAUCCUAGAAGACCAUCUCUUUACUAUGUCAACAUGGUCGGAAUUAGGGUUGCCCGGAAAGUCCUCGACAUCCCGGCCAGUGUGUUUGCCUUCAAUCCAACAACCGGUGCCGGAACGAUCAUUGAUUCAGGUACGGUGUACACCAGAUUGGUCCAACCAGCGUACAUUGCAGUCCGGGAUGAGUUCAGGAGGAGAAUAAGGAACGCAACGGUGACAACCCUAGGAGGAUUCGACACAUGUUACUCGGGCCCCAUCGUUGCUCCGACAAUCACAUUCAUGUUUGCAGGGGAUGUGAACAUGACAUUGCCAAUAGACAACAUACUCCUCCGUAGCAGCGCAGGCAGCAUUUCGUGCUUGGCGAUGGCAGCAGCGCCGGAUAAUGUGAAUUCGGUACUGAAUGUGAUAGCCAAUAUGCAGCAACAGAACCAUAGAAUUGUUUACGAUGUUGCCAAUUCAAGGCUUGGCAUUGCCCGUGAGCUUUGCUCUUGAUUCUUGGCAACUUUUUCCGCUAUGUCCCUCUAUAUUUGGCACCAUAUAGUCAUUGUGUUAUGUCACGGGGGGUUUGCUAUUUGUGUUUUUUCUUCUUCUUUACCUUUUGUCAUGAUUUGAAGUUUUUAAUGAUUAGUUCAUAGGCCGUACCAAGUCACGGGCACUUUUGUUUUGUGAGGCUUUAAUAAACGUUUAUUAUGUCAAAAACUCA